UGCCGUUAGUCCCGGCUCCAGUUUAAGUGUACUGUUUGUAUCCAGAUAUAAACCAACCCCCACAAAAUUUAGAAAGCUUAUAAACACACGGCCACAAAAAAUAGAUACAGAGAAAGCUGGAAAUUUCACAACUUCAUUUCAAGAAGAAGCUGCAGCUCAAAUCUUCCUUUGGUCUGCUUAUACUUCUCUAUAUUACAAGUCAUUUCUGCUGGUGCUACUUUCAUUAGUUGAGAUACUAAAAUGUCGACCAUUGACAUUGAGGGGAUCUUGAAGGAGCUCCCAAAUGAUGGCCGUGUUCCAAAGACUAAAAUUGUGUGCACCCUUGGCCCGUCUUCCCGAUCUGUACCAAUGAUUGAAAAGCUUUUGAGGGCGGGAAUGAAUGUUGCUAGAUUUAACUUCUCACACGGGACUCAUGAGUACCAUCAGGAGACAUUGGACAAUCUUAAAAUUGGCAUGCAGAACACUCAGAUCAUGUGUGCCGUGAUGCUCGAUACCAAGGGACCUGAAAUUCGAACCGGUUUUCUUAAAGAUGGAAAACCUGUUCAGCUGAAGGAAGGGCGUGAAAUCACUAUAAGCACAGAUUACAGCAUAAAGGGUGAUGAAGAGACUAUCUCUAUGAGCUACAAAAAGUUACCUGUGGAUAUCAAGCCUGGAAAUACAAUAUUAUGUGCAGAUGGCACCAUCACUCUCACUGUCUUGAGAUGUGACCCGGCAGCUGGAACAGUGAGAUGUCGUUGUGAGAAUACUUCUAUGCUAGGUGAGAGGAAGAACGUGAAUCUUCCUGGUGUUGUAGUGGAUCUCCCAACACUCACAGAAAAGGACAAGGAAGACAUCUUGCAGUGGGGUGUCCCAAACAAGAUUGAUAUGAUUGCACUCUCCUUUGUUCGCAAGGGUUCAGAUCUUGUUAAUGUUCGGAAAGUACUUGGGCACCAUGCUAAAAAUAUACAGUUGAUGUCAAAGGUUGAGAAUCAGGAGGGAGUUGUAAACUUUGAUGAAAUCUUGCGUGAGACUGACUCAUUCAUGGUUGCUCGUGGUGAUCUUGGAAUGGAAAUCCCAGUUGAGAAGAUUUUCUUGGCGCAAAAAAUGAUGAUUUACAAGUGUAAUCUUGCUGGUAAGCCAGUGGUCACUGCCACUCAGAUGCUUGAAUCAAUGAUCAAGUCUCCACGUCCCACUCGUGCUGAGGCAACCGACGUUGCUAAUGCUGUAUUAGAUGGGACUGACUGUGUAAUGCUUAGUGGGGAGAGUGCAGCUGGAGCAUAUCCUGAAAUUGCUGUUAAAACUAUGGCUCGAAUUUGCAUAGAGGCAGAGUCCUCACUUGACUAUAGCACUAUAUAUAAGGAGAUGAUAAAGGCAACCCCUGUGCCAAUGAGUCCACUGGAGAGCCUUGCAUCUACUGCUGUCCGAGCAGCUAACAAGGCUCAAGCAAAACUCAUUGUUGUGCUGACUCGUGGUGGGACUACAGCAAAGUUAGUUGCCAAGUACCGUCCUGCAGUCCCAAUUCUCUCAGUGGUUGUCCCAGUUUUGACAACAGACUCAUUUGAUUGGACCUGCAGUGAUGAGACCCCAGCAAGGCACAGCCUAAUAUACAGAGGCUUGAUCCCUCUUCUCGCUGAAGGCUCUGCAAAGGCUACCGAUGCAGAAUCAACUGAGGUGAUCUUAAAUGCUGCUUUGAAUUCAGCAACAAAAAAAGGAUUGUGUGUGCAAGGUGAUGCAGUUGUGGUACUUCAUCGGGUUGGAUCGGCCUCUGUAAUAAAGAUCUGCAUAGUCAAGUGAUCAAGGCAGGCUUGGCAUCCUGCGCAUGCAUUUGUUCUGCUCAAAUAUCAAACAUGAGUUGGGAGUUUUAUUUUACUUGUCUUUCUCAUUGUCUUCAGAAUCAGGAGUGCUGCUUUCCUCAUUAUGAUCUUCUGAAUCAGCAUCACUUUCCUCAUUUUCAUUUUCUGAACCUACACUGAAAUCUUCAUAAUCAUCUUUCGAAUCAAGGGUACAUUCCUCAAUCCUCACUAACAUGUUCGUCAUCAGACCAAUUGACUAGUUUUGAUCCUGUGACUACUAGCAUUAAUGCUGGUUCUCCAUAUACUUGAAAACUUGCUCAUACUCAAGAAAAGGAUAAGUGCAAAUAUAUCUGCC